UAAAGUGAUCCUGCCAGAAUGGCUUCCUUGCGUAAGGUUAUUAUCGACGUCGAUGUGGGAACGGACGAUGCUUGGGCCCUUUUGUUGAUGUUGAAAUGUGAGAAAAGAUUCAACAUCAAGGUGGAAGCUAUCACGUGCAGCUACGGCAACACUGAUUUGGACAAUGUCUUGAUCAAUGUGCAUCGUGUUCUGGUUGCCAUGAAUGGAACGGAUGUUCCCGUUUUCAAGGGUGCCAAAGAACCACUAAUUACACCGACUCCCAAACGACCUAGAUACUUUCACGGCGUAAACGGAUUUGGAGAUUUGGAGUUGCAACCAUUGGGCGACCCGAACGCCAUCCAAACAGGUCAUGCAGCAACAGAAAUUUUCAAAUUAUUGUCCAAUCACCCCAAGGAGAUUUCUCUGAUAGUUUUAGGACCGCUCACCAAUGCGGCCCUCUGUCUAAAAAUGUAUCCCGAGGUGGCGGACUACUUUGGAAACCUCUUUAUCAUGGGAGGAAAUAAACAUGGGGUGGGCAACAUUUCAAACUCAGCAGAGUUCAAUUUUUGGAGCGACCCCGAAGCGGCACACAUUGUUCUGAACAACGCCAAGUCUCCGAUUACAAUCCUUCCGUGGGAAACGUGCAUUACCGAGCACGAACAUCUACCACUGCAAUGGAGAAUGGAUGUCGUUGGCAGUUCAACGCAAUCGGUGGUGCAAAUUUUGAACCAGGUGGAGCGUAAGUGUUGGUCAUCGACGCUUUGGACACCGUGUGAUGCGUUUUUGGCAGCGGCUUUCAUCGAACCGGAAGUCGUUUCCAGGUCGAGCGAAUUUCACGCAAGUGUGGAGCUGGCUGGCAGUCUUACUCGAGGUCAAAUGGUUCUUGAUCAUUCGAAAUCGUUGAAACCGAACGUGCGUAUCGUGGAUGGUUUAGAUAUUGAGCGCUUCAAAUCAAUGGUGCUGUAUGCUGUUGGACUUGAAAAUUAACCACAUAAAAAAACAUAUUUCAACUUCAGCCUCGGCGAUCAAACGAAUAGGAAUAAUAAUCUUAACUUGACAUAAGAUAAACUGUGAACAAAUACAUGUCUACGAAGAUACUGCAUUCUCUCCCUUUUCCAUUCUUUUGACUUACUUAUUAUAACUUCAUUUUAUUCCGUCUAUGCAAAUGUCAAUCUUAUAAUAAAAUGAGGUGUUCCACAAUUCCCACAAUACAAGAUCCCUGCCCGAGCAGACGUUUUAACCUAAAUCCAAAGCAAACUGAAACCAAAAUCAGCAAUCAAUUCUAAAAGAAUAGGCGUUGAAUUUCUCCCGAUGGCAAAAUUAGGUUCGAUUUAAGUAUCAAUAUAUUAAAAUAUGAUGGCCAAACAAUACCAAAAUAAAGCAUGGACAGCAAAAUGAUUGCAAUUUUUAGUAUUCAUUCCUCUACGAUAGCUAAACAAGACAUCAUUUAGGCGGAAAAUUGAGUUCAAAAUGAUUGCAUGAUUUGGUACUCAAUU